AUGGCAUCAGGUUAUCCAGAAUUAAUACCACCUUCUAUGUUUCAAUCUAAUCAGCCACCACCUGAUCCAUGGCAAGGCUUAGCUCAAGUCUCCAAAGAAGUUUCGGAGUUGAGAAAAGAAACCAAAAAAUUACGCAGUAGUGAAUCUACAGAUAGCUCAAGCUGUAAAAAACAAAAUCAGCCUGGAAUUAUAGACUAUAACAGAAGGUACCCUGCCAAUGAUGAAUUUAAAUAUGCUAAUGAGUUAAUAAGUCGUCAAGCUAAUGAGUUAUCAGAGUUAAAAUCAGAAAUAAGAAAUUUGAAUCAAAAGUAUGAUGAUGAAAAGAGGCAUUUUGAGAGAGAACUGGUUGAAAAAGACAGAGAGUCAAAGUUAAGAGUUUCUUCCCUUGAAGACUUAUUGACACAGAAAGAAGAUCAGUAUGACAGAGAGGUUGAUAGACUGAGUUAUGAACAUGAACAAACAACAGAUAAAUUAACAGAUAAAAUAAACUCUCUAACACAGGAGUUAGAUUUAUUACAUGUCAAGAAUAACAGACAAAUGAAAGAACUUACUGAUAGAAUACAGACGUUAGAAGAGGAAAAGAAUUCAAUCACAAAUCAACUAAACAAUAACCUAAGAGAAAAAGAAAAUGAAGUAGAAAGUCUUACAAAACAAGUACACCAAUUAAAAUCUUAUAUUGGGGAAACAGAAAAAUCUCAUCGUCCAACUCAAGUUUGGAGAAAAGAAAAUGAAACUUUGAUGAAUAAGUUACAGACAUGUGAAGCUGAACAAGAAAAUUUAAAAUCUAAAAAUGAAUUAACUAAUGUUAGGUUAUCAGCUAUGGGUGAGAUAUUAGCAGUUCAAGAAGCUGAUAUAUCAAAGAGUAAAAUUGAUGGUCAUGACAAAAAGAAUCUAGAAAAUAUUUUACUAACAAGAUGGAGAGAAAAGGUGUUUAGAUUAAUGGUACAGAAUAAAUCCAAUGAAAUAAAUAUGAAGAAAUCUGAUAGUGAUUGGAAAAAUAAAUACUGUAAUUUAUCAGAGGAAUUGACGUCUGCUAGACAUGAAAUUGAAGUGUUGAAAUUCCAGAAUUCUGAGAAAACUGCUCAAAUAGAUUUAGAGAAAAUGAAUACUAAGAAUGUGUUAGAUGAAUUAUCAACUACACAGCAGGUUGCUGUAUGUCUGGAUAAUCAACUAACAGAAAAUACUGGAAAUAUGGAGCUACUUAAAUCAGUUGCUGAAAGUUUAGAUAAAAAACUAAAUACCACCAUGAAGAAGAUCUCUACAUCCUUAUCAGUAUUAAAAUCAUAUGGUGAUAGAAUUAGUUUUGCUAGUGGUAGAGUGGAAUUAUUACAAGGUCAGUUUGCUAGGAAAGAAGCAUUGAGAAAAUUAGACAGUAAGACACAGUCUAUGAAGGCUCCAUUGGAAGAUGAAAUGUCCAGUGAAAGUCAUAUUAAAACAGAGUUAGAGAAAGUAACAAAAGAAAGAGAUUAUGUUACAAGUCAAUUAAAACAAGUAUCAGAAUUAUUGAAUGAUAGAUUAGCUGAUACCAAACAACAAUCCAUUGAAAAUGAGAAAGAAAUAGAAAAAGAGAAAUAUAGAAGUGAUAUGAUUGAAAUGGAGAAACAAGUCAAUCAAGCUAAAAGAGAACAAACCAAAGCAGUGGUUUCCUUACGACAGUUAGAGAAACAAGGUUUAAGAGAGAAGGAAAGGUUAAAUGAACAAAUAAAAAUAUCUGAAAAUCAUUAUACAAAAGAAAUUGAUAAAUUAAGUGAACAGUUAAAAACUAUAGAAAAAGAACGCAAUUUGAUGAUGGCAACUUUACGUCAAGAAGGUUUACUGAAUAAGUAUAAGCAGGACAGGGGAGAGCCAAUUACGUUAGACGUAACAGAUGACACAGUUGAGGACUCGAUCAAAUCAUCUCUAUCACAACAAAUCAAGUCAGACCAUACAGAGCCAACCAAUGACCUGACAGCAUUAGAAAGUAAAGAAGAAGAAAUGAACAGUGUCAUAAAUGAUUUGAAAUCAUUAGCAGCUGUUAUAGAUGAUAAUAGUUCAGACUCAGAUGAGAGCAGUGUACAUCUUCCAUCAUCAUAA